AUGGGGGUGAAGCGGAGCCUUCAGAGCGGGGGCACUUUGCUCACCAUCUUGGCCAACGUCCUCACGGUGCUGUCCACUGCCACCAACUACUGGACCCGCCACCACCAGGGCCACAGUGGCCUGUGGCAGGAAUGUACCAAAAACACCUGCUCCAACAUCCCCUGCCAGACCACGCUGGCCGUUACCGCGGCUUGCAUGGUGCUGACGGCUGGCUUUGGCAUCGUGGCCAUGGUGAUGGGGAUGCGGAUUACGUGCCACAAGGGCGAGCCGCUGCGGGCCCGGACUACAGUCUCCUUGCUCUUCCUUAGCGGGCUGCUGCUGCUGACCGCCCUGAUAGGCUACACGGUGAAGAAUGCCUGGAAGGACGACGUCUUCUUCUCCUGGUCCUAUUUUUUGGGAUGGCUGGCUUUACCCUUCUAUAUUCUCGCGGGCUUCUGCUUUCUCCUGGCGGACAUGAUCCUGCAAAGCACCGAUGCCAUCAGUGGAUUCCCCGUGUGCCUGUAACCGCGUCUGCCUGGGACAGAAUAAAGGAACGGCUUUU